AUGGCUGCCGCAGAGCAUCCUGUAUUAUCAAACGUAACUUUCAUUGACCCAACACCACCGCCAGAUGACAUUCCUAAAGUGGACGAGGUCGGAGCAACCUCAGCUCCAUUAAAAUCAGUAGCAUUUUUUAUUGGUGCUUUUUGUAAAGAAUAUAAUGAAGAUUUCAUGCUAU